CAUUUUUUUUACAAAAUCACCAUGAUUACAGCUGAUUUGUUGUUUGUUUUCAUAUCCUGCGCCGCUAUCAUAGCAACCCGGCCACUAGCGGAUGGAAUAGUUUGCGGUGCAUCUGAAAUCGACGCCGAUUGCCGUACGGGUGAGGAAAGCUGUGCAAGAAGCAACCGUGACGCGAAAUCGGACCACAUCGAAGCCACACUUCAGCCGAAGAUGUCGUCAAAAUUGUUCAUCUGUGAUUUCGAAGUGUUUGGUAUUGUACAGGGUGUGUUCUUCCGCAAGUUCACGCAAAAACAGGCAUCAAGUCUGGGACUACGCGGCUGGUGCAUGAACACACACGACGGCACCGUGAAGGGACAGCUCGAAGGCGAAGAGAAGCCGAUGAACGAAAUGAAACAUUGGCUGCAAACGAAGGGGAGUCCAUCCAGCCGUAUCGACAAGGCGGUAUUUAGCGUGCCCAAAGAGAUUACCAGCUAUUCGUUUAAAGAUUUCUCAGUUCGUCGCUAGAGUGGGUAAACACAAACACACCACAACACCAGCAGGUGCGAUAUAUUAUGCGUAGGAAGUAUAUUAGAUGUAUGCGUUUGCUUUAAGCAAUAACAUAAGGCCACAACGUACAAAAGGUACAACAAGAUACCGUGGAAUGGAACCGCGGCCCUGAAAA